AUGGAAGAAGAGAAAAAAGAUGCUCCUACAUUUUUUUACAAUGAAAAUAAAGAUCCUGAUCCUGAUGUGAAAGGCCACUUCUUUAUUACAUAAAUAUAAACUUUGCUUGUGGCUAUAUUUAUCACAGCAAUGAUGCAAUUUUCAAAUCACUUAGCUGCAUAUUUGAUUUAUUGCUGCCCAAUGUAUUUCUUUAUUGUGUUUAUUUAAUGGUUCGCUUUCUGGAGACCUGAAGCUGACCUUACAUUGCCUUACAACAUAUAUAAUAUAAUAAUGUUCGUUAUUUGUUUACCUGUAUUUUUUGGUGUCUUUUUUGCUGUUUUUCACCCAACUGCUUCUUUAGAAUUUAAACAAGCUCAAAAUUGCCAAUUGGUAGGAUAGUUAAGCAAAUGGAUUGAAUUUAAUGAGAAAUAUUCUAUUCUUUACAUUAAUUUUGAAUAUGAGGGUAAGCAAUACUUAGGAUAAGCUUGUGCUUCUAAUUAUAACGAUGCAAAGACAAUUGCUCCAGUUUUUCCUUAUAAAUUCUAUUAUAAAUACGAUUAAAUAGCAUGUGGUCCUCUCGAUGGAAAUAAUACAGCGCCAUAAUACCAUAGGUUACUAAGCUAUAAAAAUUUAAAUUCUACUUAAGUUAAUAGAAAUGAAAGAAUUCUUAGAACAGGAGGUGGAGGUGGCCAUAGUAGUGGUGGAGGAAGCUCCAGCAGCAGUGGUAGCCACAGUAGUAGCCGUAGUUCAACUAGUUCUUGUUACAGAGACUAUAAAUGGAGUUAUGUAAAAAUAGCUAGCUGGUUGUGUGAGGACAGAGAUUUUGAUAUAGAAGAAUACACGACUCCAAAGUCAUGCUAUGUCAAUUUUUUUAGUGGUGAUAAAGCAUAUUAAAAUGGACAAUAAAGAGCUUUUAUGAGAGAUUCAUAUAAUUUUCCUUUGAUAGCCUAUAAGGAACGUGCUUACUAUCCUCAAGCAGAUUUAGUUUGCUUAAUAUUAUUUAGCUAUUACAAUUGGAUAUUAUCAUUUAAUUCUAUAUUUUAGUACACAGCUAAUUACAUUCUCAAAAAAAUUAGAAGAACCAGUUAAAAUGGGUAGACAGCUAUCUAAGCACUAGAAUUUAAACCAAAUCCAAACCCAAUAUAAAUCGAAUAAAUCAAUAAAGAAACACCAACCAUAAAUUAAAUUAAUUAAUAAUAAUAAGUAAAUCAUAAUGAUCACGUUGAUUAUAUGCCUUAACCAAAAUAUGGGCAAUAACAACUAAUACAUUAAAAUUAGAUUGAAUAAUUAUUAAAUCCUCUUUUUGCAUUGAUUGGACCCCAACAAUAACUAAACCAUUAAAAUGAAGAUUAAAUUGUAAAAUAACCUGUAAAAAUAGAUAAUUCUUUAUAAAAUCCUAUGCUCUGA